UUGUAAUGAAAAAGGAAGGGAUGCUAAAUAAAAACGUUUGUGAACACCUUGCCUCUUCCCUGCGUUCCCAUCCUGCUCAACGUCUCUUCUCACCCAAAUUCUCCAGUUCCCGAUCGAAAUCAACGUGGAUUCGAUCGAUCUCAUCGUACACCAUACACUACAAGUGCCCAAACUUGCUCUUCUAGAAACCUUCGCCACACCAGCCGGCCUCACGUUUUGAUUGCGGCUAGCUGCAAAGGUGAGCGAGGGGCAGGAGGCCGGCUUAGAUGAAUCGGUUAGUCGGCAGUGGCAUUGGCAGCGCAGACGUGCCACCGCCGCAGCAUCAGCAGAUGGAGGAUGUGAUGGGCCUCAGCGAUCCCAUGCUACUGGAGCUGCGCAACAAUUACCGCCAGAGGAUAAUUGAGUAUGCAAGAAAGGCGGUAAUUGCCAGAUUAGAUGCACGAUCGAGGACACCAGCUGACUGGCAGCGGCGGCUGCCUGAACUUGCUUGGCGGGUCGAGAAAGUCUUGUUUGAGAAACACCCCAAUAAGAGGGAGUACUACAACAUGACGAAUGGACCAGUUCAGACACAUUUUGAGUUUGCUGUCACAGCCGCGCUUGCUCAGAUUCAGAGGCAAGAACAUGGACGAAACCAGCAAAUGUCAAGGCAGAGAGCAUCUCCCACAGCCUAUGCUCCUGGGGGCAUGAUCCCGGCACCUGGUGUCACGCAAGGGGAAGCCCCCAACGAGCAUGUGAACACGGUACUAUCUCUGGGAAUAAACUCUAGUGAUGCUCACUCGGAAGUGUCCAACAGCCUCUUGGCAGUCUGUGCACCUGUUAAUAAGGAGGUCUCAAAGGAACCAAAGUUCAGCUGUCCAUUCUGCUUCGACGAGCUGGUCGAUGCGUCAUCGACUAACUGCGGCCACAUCUUCUGCCUGGAAUGCAUCAAGACCUCCAUCCAGGCUCAGAAUAGGUGCCCUGCCUGCUGGAGGGCACUCACCAUGAACAGCUUCCACCGGGUCUACCUCCCUGCUACGAUGGACUAAAUUGAUUCUAUCUGAAGUAUAAUUCACAGGGUUAUCGUUACCAUAUCCAACUUUGUACCCGGGAGGCGUGUUACCGACCGAGCCUUUCUCGUUUGCAUCCAUCGCUUCUAAAUAAACUGUAGUCGAUCUAUUCCUGUGGGAAAUCGAAACCUGUGCUUGCUACCGUUAAAACAUAUUGUCUGAUCAUUAAGGUAUAUGUGGUUGUUUGCAUGCUUUACAGUAUGGCAUGACAUAUA